UGUAGACAAUUGAGUCUACUACUGUCAUUUUGACACGCGGUACGAAAACAGCUGUUAUAACCUGUAACUCCGAUCAGAGAAAAACAUUUCUGAAAGAUAGAAAUAAGAUUUAGUAAUAUGCAGGAACAAGAUAUUCCAAUCGACAUUAAUACUGGAAAGUUACUGGACUGGUUGAUUAAUCGGAGGCAUUGCAAGAAAGACUGGCAUACGAAUGUCUUGACCAUCAGAGAGAAAAUUAAUAAUGCUAUACAGAAUAUGCCUGCUCAUGAUGGCAUUGCAUCAUUGUUAUCUGGCGCUUAUAUAAAUUAUUUUUAUUGUGUCAAAAUUGUGGAAAUUUUGAAGGAAACUGAAGCAGACACAAAAAAUCUAUUUGGACGUUAUGGCUCACAAAGAAUGAAGGAUUGGCAAGAGAUUUUACGAUUGUACGAAAGGGAUAAUGUAUAUCUUGCUGAAGCUGCACAAAUGCUCAUGAGAAAUGUCAACUAUGAAGUUCCUAGUAUUAAGAAACAGAUACAAAAGUUGGAGCAAUCUAUGACUGAUUUAGAAAAGAAGGAAGUAGAGUAUAAAAAAUCAGAAAAUAUUGCUCAUACAGAAUAUAACUCAUUGUGCAAACAAUUAGGUAUAACUGGCUACAGCACAGUUAGACGUGAAUUGAUGGAAAAAGUCAAAGAAUUGCCAGAAAUUUAUCAGAGAGUAGUGGAGAAGACAAAGAGUUUAAAUAAGGUUGUCGAGUUUUAUAGUGCAUUUGUGGAAUUUACUUUUGGUCAACAGUACGAUAGUAACUGUGUGUCUGUGGUUAAAUAUAUAAUUGAGAAAGGAAACACAACAACGUUUGAAUAUACUUAUGGAGAAGUACCAGCAUCGAUAAUUGAACCACCACUGAAUAUUAAAGCUGAUGAAGAUGAAUGUGAAAGAUCUAGUAUAAAUGUGGACAGCAAUACUAUUGACUUUGGCGACUUGGAUUUAAACCAAGAAAUUGAUUUUGGCGAAGAAGUAAAUUUGGAUGCAGGAGGCGAUAUUGAUUGGGGAAACGAAGAUGCAGAACAACCUGUUGCGGCGGAAAUAGACUAUAAUAUAUCUUUGGAGGAAUCGGGUAUAGUCGUGGAAGCAGCAGGUCAUGAAGGUGGUGUAGCUACAGAAUCUGAAGCGUAUACGGUACUGGAUAAUCCAACAACGAGAUCGGAGUUUAUCAAUCAAUUAUUUGAGCUCGAGGCAUUUAUGAAGUUACGUCUGUACGAAUUCAAAGGCGACGACAGGAAUAAUCUUCUGAGUUUCAGUCAGAUGCAGGAUGCUUCGCCUAUUCUGCAAUUGUCCACCAUAGAAACCACUCAGAAUAUGCUAGACAAUGUUCAGAUUGUCCUUUCUGAGGUAUUACAUAGCAAUGUACAGCAUUUGCAUAACAUCAAACAUUAUCCGAGAUACGUGGACGUAGUAACUACCACUUUAAAGCAAAAAUUGAACCUGAUUGAUAGAAUGAUAGCUCAACAAAAAUCUAUGCGACAGAAGCAAGAAGAUGUACAGAAUCAAAUCGAUAAAUUACGUCCAUUAUUACAACUCGUCAUACAGAGAACUAAAGAGCUGCAGAUAGAGAUAGAGCAAGACAUUUCUAAGAGAUAUAAGAAUAGAACGGUACAUUUGACCGGAGGUGUAAAUACAUUAUAGGUAUUUGGACAACAUAAUUAUUAAAUGUUCAAUGUAAAUAAUUUUUAUAUAUUAAGGGCAACAUGAUUUGCGAUAGUAAAUAAAUUUCGUAAUUAUAAAAUAUACGAUGUAUUUUCUUUAA